AAAAACAGGAAGUAUCACGUUUCAGAUGUGCCAGUAACGGUUGAAUCGAUUAUCUUAUACAGCUAUCGCUAAAACACAAGGACGUCAUGUUAUGGAUUUUAUUUUUCCCAUGUAACAAUAGUGUAGCACGUUUUAAGAUCGGUUACAAUAGUUAACUUGCGGCGUCCCGUGAAUUAUGAAGAUACAAUCACCUUCAAAGCCAAAAUAUUUCCCAACAUUACUUGUGGAAGUUUCUGUCUCGUAGCAGAAAUGGAUGUGAUCAGUCUCAGCUCCGAGAGCAAUGACUCUGAUGUGGAAAUCAUCGGCUCCUUCUCUAACGUUAUGACCAAAGGUGAUCCACUGCCCCUCACAGCAGUGCGAGUUGACGUUGAUGCCGUCAACGUCAACGUUCCAACGCUUUAUAUUGACCUCACAAACCCUAGAUGGACUCUUCCAGGGCUGAAGAAUUGCAAAAGACAAAAUUCCAGUGUCUUGACAUUGGUUGACUUGACUGAGACCAAGAUAGAAAAUGGGACAAAUCAGGAAACAGAGAAUUUGCCACCAAAUUACUCUCAAGUGAAACAAGCACAAACAACAAAUAACAAUCCAACUUCAAACAAACAAGAUUUAAAGUCACAGAAAAGCUCUUCAAGAGACCCAACUGAUGUUGCACUACAGCAGGACUGUGGUAAUUCAAAGCUAAAGCAGAGACGUUUGGAUUCUCAAACACAACACCAAAAGGAGAAGGUUAAAGCACGUCUUCCUGCAGCAAUUGUAAAAUUAAGACGAUUGCCUUUUCUUGACAGUCAUUGCGCAGAACUGAAGAAGUCAAGGUGUUUUGUCUAUUUAAACAAAGAUGGUACACAAAUGUCGCUGCACUCUAGUCAACCAGACAGUAACAGUGAAGCACCACAAUGCAUUAGUAAUUUGAGUAGAACUACCACGGCAAAUGGUCCUCACAUGGAUCACCCACUGGAUGAGUCUUCUCCUAAGGUGGUUGAAUCUUCUGUUAGACAGGAAGAACAAGAGAACAGUAAUGAAUUUACAAACGCACAGUUAAAUGCUAAAAUAUCUCCGCAUCUAAGGAGCCCGCCGGACUCUCCUUUCUCAGAUAAAGAGGUCUCUGUUGCAACCUCAAAGACGCACAUCACUUGUGAAGAAGAGAGAGAUGACUUUUGCUUAUCCACGCUCAGGCCCUCUCCAACGUCACCUUCUUCAUCUCAAGUUGAAGCACAGGGUUCUUUACAUAAAGAAGUCAUCUGCUCCAAACUUGAACAACUGGAAUUGGACAAGGCAGUUGUCUCUGAUCACUCGUUUUCCUACUCUCCUACCACUGGACCAAACCCUUCUGAGACUUUUGGCCUAGACUCUAUGUCCCACCAAGUCAACACAACACCCACUUCUGAGCAUACACUAGCGGAGAGUACAUCUAAAUGGCAAUUGGAGGUGGUUAAGGCUCAUGAGCCGUCAAACAACUCUGAGUUUUUCUUUUUCCCUAGUGAACCUCCUUUGUCAACUGAGAGCAUGGAUGACAAAUCUGGGGCCGGGACAGACGGAGGUGAGCUGGGCGUUGACAGCCCAGUGUCUUUUCUCUGGCAAGAGGGGAGUGAUGGAGACGAAGACAACAAAGAGAGCAGAUUUGAUAUAGACUUCAGGGCGGCCAGUAGGGAGGACAGGCAAUUUGUGUGCCCAGUUACACUCAGGAAAAUAAUGUCUGGAACAGCUCAAGCCCUGUUUGAUGGGGAAGAUGACGAUUUUGGGACUCCAGAGAUGCUUUGCCGUCAGAGCCUGAGCCUGGUGUACAGUACCAUUGAUGAGAAUUACCCAGAAGGCACUUUGGAGCUUUUGUCUGACCUGCUACAGCCUGGUUACUAUCCCCCCAGAGAUAUCACCUCCCACCUGCUGCAUGGCAUUCUGCUCAACCCGCAGUGUCCUUAUCACCUGUGUGUGCAAGCUUUUAAUCUACUAAUGAGGACACAGAGACUCCACGUGGCUGAUAAAACCACAGUUCCAUGGGACUGGGAGUUGUUGACCUCGAUCAUGUUAAAUCAGGACCCUACAAAGAAACAUCGAUGUGAGGUUGUGCGAAUGCUCUUGGACUAUGUCGUAAAGACUUUGGAGGAUGACUUCCAGGCCCAGCGCUCUAUCUCUACCCUCCACCACUCCAUUGCCAAGGCAACAUUGUCGUGUGAUCAGCAGUUUCCUCAUGUCAGGGACGUUAUCAAGUGGCUCUUUUCUGCCAUUAUAAAAUCAACAGAGCAUGGAGAGAGUAAAGAAGCAGCCAGAGAGAGAGAUGAACAAAUUAGAAUGGUGUCCAUCUUCCAGAGGAUGCUGUUCUUGGCUCUGGAGGUGGACCGUUCUCCAGCUCUAAACUCUGCCAAGCUAUCCCAGGAGCUCUUCCACAUGCUCAUCAGCGAUAUACCUCUACGAGCACACAGGAUGUUGUUACUGGAGAGCCUGCAGAGCAUGCUGCUGAGAUGUAAGCUGUUGGAACAUCUGUUAGAUUAUGCAUGCCCACUGAAAAUCUCUCUGCCCAUGUCGCUCAGUCUUCUGCUUCACUUUUUGAAGAACUGCACUCUGGCACCAGACCCUUCGGAUGGUACUGAAAAGUGGCAGAAGUGGGAGGAGUUGGUCCAUCUUCUCUGGAUGUUGCUGCUCAGCUACAACAAAGCGAUGAAAGGCUAUCUCUGUAACUCCGUCUCUGAACAAAGAGGUGGAAUCGCCAACUUGGUCUACAAGCCAGAUGAUAAGGUAUCUAAGCCUGCCAUUUGUGAAGCAGUGGAGGCAUUUCUGUCCAGAUCCCAGGCUGACCUCGGCCAAGCCUUACCUCUCCAUGUGGAAGAGUCCCUCACUUAUCUACAGGAUCAUCUGCUAGAUGUCUGUCAGUGUUGAAUGGAGAAAAAAAAACUUUUCUUGGAUGAAGAAAGCAUUAGUUAUAAGGCAUUCUACAAAUUAUAUUUAUAUUUUUGUAUGAGUUGACUUGGUAAAGUUCUGAGUUUGUGAAAAUAAAGUCCAUUGUGGGGUCCAGUGGACUUUAACAAUAUUGACAUUUGGCUUCUCUUAAUUAUUUAAGCCGUCAAAGGGCCUCCAUGAGGACCACAAUGGAAAUAAGCCUUUGGGAUUUAUUGUAUUCUUGUCUCUGUUGUUGCUGUUUUUAAUGUUGGAUUAUGUAAUUACUGCUGUGCAGUGUUAUUUGUGUUUUAAAAAAAUGAAAUAAAUAAAACAAUCAAAGAAACAA